AUGGCGGCUCAUGUCACGCUGGGUCCUGCGAAGCUGGUGCUCCUGGCUGUACACUUCGCAACCAUCGCCGACAUCGAUGGUUUGGCCUAUCUCAUUGGUCAACAUGGAGUAAUACUACGGCCAGAGCUGUUACUCCGAAUCAUUCUCACAUAUCUUCCCGAAACCCUCAGUCCGGCGGUGUAUGUACCUCUCAUACAAGCCAUAGCAAGCGGCGAGUCGCCAUCACAGACAAAUUCAGACUGCCAGCUCGACAUUUCUUCUGUUCAAAGUAUAACAGAAGAACAGGCUUCAAGAAAAGUCAAAAAGCUUCAUCUUCUCUGUCUCAAAAAUACUGAUGGGCCUCUCACUCUCGCUCUUGAGGCUGAUCCACUCACCUCUUUCUUACUUUUGAGGGCUUACAGAAUGGACGAAGAAGCAGGCAUGUUACCGCAAGUUCCUGACCUGGUAGCCCCAUUUCUGCAGCAUUCGCAAGAACUCCACACGUGGAUGAUCUCAACGGUACUCCCUCUAGUCAGACGAAACUACGAGUAUUAUCCACAAAGGCCUAUACGGUAUUCGCUGCUAGAGUUCCAGAACCUACCUGACAGAAUGGCUAUCGAUUAUCUACUUGCUGAGACAGGUGCCGUCGAUGAUGAGCUUAGCCUAGCUGGCCGUGAUCUGAGUGGGCUUGUUGGGCCUUGGCUGCAUAACGAAUCGAGGUGGAAACGCGAGGCCUUUGACCAAGAUGUAUCAAAUAAAACAGAUGCAGCGCCUGAAUUAUCGUGUCCUGGUUGGGAGCAGGCCCUCGAAUGGCUCGCCUCUAAAGCGGCAACAUCCUGGCCAGUCGCUCUCAAAGCCAUUGAAUCCUGGGAUGGGCCAUCUGAUAUAGACCUGGGAAAUGAUGCCGGCUCGUGGCUUCAGGAAAACCAGCAGCAGUAUCUCGACCGCUCUUAUGCCAGAGCCGUCUUAGCUUCUGCAUAUCUUGUCUCUGAUGCCGACGUGGGGGCUUUGGAGGCAGCCUUCAGAAUAUGCAAUAAGAUUCGGUCCCUCUUGGACGAAGACUCCGAUAUAACACUUCAAUCAGCAGUAGAAAAUCUUGCCUCUGUUCCGCCUUUCGAUAUGGACGCAUUUGGGGGGGCCAAAGCUGCGACAAACCUACGUAACGACCUAUUACAAAGCUCAAAUCCGCUUACAACCCCCAAGGAGGAAUCUCUUGAUCUUCUCCCUGCUCUCAUUCAAAGCGCUUAUCUUCUUACACAAUCGGGCGCCCCCUGCACAGUUCGUAAAGCUGGUGAUCUAGCAUUUAUUCAGGAUCAGCAGGAACAAAAAUCGCAAAUUGGCCGGCUUAUACGAAAUCUUCCAACUCGUGCAUCUGAAGACGACGGUUUCUGGAUCCGGGCACGAAAAGAGAUACUAUGGCUGCACGGUUGGGGAAACAGUCCGAAGUCCACUGGGGACCAAACUCUGCAGGGCAUAUUUGGCAAUGUGACCCUGGAGUUCGUUGAGACAGAGCUUUUGAAAGCGAUGCUUUCGCGCUCACGAUACAACCUAGCAAGAACCCUUUACGAUCAAGAAGGGCCAGAUGCGCCUCUGUCGGUAUCUGCCGUGCUGAACACUGCACAAAACGCAGCUCUUGGGGCAUUCGACAAUGCUUCAAAUCCAAACCGAAAUAGAGGGGGGUUGAAAAGAUGCGACGAAAUCCUCAAAGCUUUUCCGAGAACGUUAGGUACAAAUCAUCCCGCCAGAAAACGCAUCGAAGCAUUGUUGAAGGCUACUCAUGCCUUGAGCGACUAUCGCCUGGUACUCAAACAAGGCGAACCUUUCAGUCCUGUUGUACUUCGAGUGCAUUCUGAUCCGGUCUCGAUUAUCGAGAAGGUUCUAGAGCAAAAUCCCAAAGCAUACACACGUUUGCAAGAGUUUGAGGAACUAGGAAACAACAUGACCCAUGCGAAUCUGCCAAUUUGCGUGAGGCCAGGAAAGCAGCAGCCGCUAGCAGAGCAUCAAGACGCGGUCAGACCAUUAGUCACAAAACGAAUCGUUGCCAUGUGCGUCGAAGCUGCUUUGCGCGAAGACGACUUCGAAACUGCAUACUCUUACGUAGUAACCCGUCUUGGUGCCGAUGAGAACGUGCAUAAGUCGCAGGCAGGCAUAUUUGAUGAAUGGUCGUGGAAGGCAGCACUUGACGCUGGCAAAUAUGUCCGCACGGAGAGAUCCCAGAAGCCAACGCAUCUCGGAACGGCAAGUGGAAAUCCCGAGAUACGCCAUCUCGAGCAGCGGAUUGAAUGCCUGGCAACUUCUCUACGGAUAGCACCCCCGUUUCAACUUCAGGAAGUAUUAAAGACCUUCCGUCGUUGCGAAGAGCAGUUGGAUGCUGCAAUCAAGGAGGAGGCUGCUCGAGAAGCUGCCUGGGAUACCGCAGGUGACCUUUCGGGUCUCCCUGGCUCGUUCGAUACACCAGGUCCAGACAAGGUUUAUCCACCCCGCAAUAUAUCUGCCAGCACGACAGCUCGUCAAGCCGAGGAAGCACCAAUGUCUCUCUUCGAUCUCUCUAGAGCCACAGCCAGGGUCGCGUCCAGGAACCUAACUGUGUUGUCAAGUUUGCAGGGUUCUUUUACAUCAGAUAAGACGAAUGCAGAGUCCGAGUCCUCUGAGUACGAGUUGCAUGAGCAGAACAGAACAAGGAAGAGGGAUCAGCUAAGAGAGGCUGCGACUGGUACACUGGUAUCUGGUGUGGGGUGGCUGCUUGGAGCAAAUCCAAAUCGACCUACAAGUGGCCAGCAGUAA